CCGUGAAGGAAAUAAAAUGCGACCAAGUCGCAGAGGCCUUCUCCUCUGGCCUCUCACUUUCGGUGCCAUCCAUCGCUGCGCCCUCUCUCGAUCGGUCGGGCAAUCGAAAUGGGGCUGCUGUUCGUGGAGGUGCUCCCGCGGGACGGCGGCGAGCCGGUGCUCAAGUGCCGGCGGUGCCGCGUGGACGCUGCGUCCACCAGCGCCAUCGUCUCCAGGGACUUCCAGGGCCGCUUCGGCCGCGCAUACCUCUUCGACCACGUAGUGAACAUAACCCUAGGCCCUAACGAGGAUCGGUACCUUAUGACUGGACUGCAUACGGUGAAUGAUAUCUACUGUAACUGUUGCCAACAAGUUCUUGGCUGGAGAUAUGAUGUGAAUGGUGCUGUUAGUACUCAUUAUUGUCAAGGGACCCAGUUACAAUUGCACAUCAAGUUAAGCUACUGUCACCUGUAUUAGUCUCCAUUUUUUUGUCUUCUAGUUCACUUUCAAACAAAGAAUGGGACCUGUCACCUGUGGUUUGUUCUCUAGUUGUGCUACUGAUUAAUGAGGAUUAGCAUUUUCGACAACUACAGUUUGAAGGUGAAACAUGGUACUCCUCUAACACUGGUAGAUGUAAUCCAUUUCAAAUUAGCCUUCAGUAUAACUCAAGAUUUUACUGCUAACUGUUGUAGAGAAUCUAGAGUUUGUACAUGCCUUUGGUUUUACACUGAAAUGGAGCUCAUUACCUACUUCAAUGAUGCUUGUGUACAUCGAAUUUAAAUUCAAUUUGGUUACUCCAAUUCCAUCAGAGCUUGUGUGAUACUGACGGUGCACAAUAAUUUCUUCAUCAGAUUAUGUCUGUCAUGUGAACGCUUCCCGGUUACCUUGUUCUGCAAUUCAGAGCCCUUUGCCCCACCAAGGGACAAGUAGUCGUGGUUUCCCCUGUUGAUCUGGCAACUUGUUUCUUACUUUCCCCUUGUUCUUUUAUGGAUUCGUUCCAUACUAGUAAUUAGGAAAGUACAUCUACUAUCAUCGCCCUCAAAUAUAUUCUCAUCCAAAUACUCAGUGCUAUAUAUUGAUUUUAUUUAGCAGACAUUCUCACAUCUCUUCCACUUGCUCAACAAAACUACUGGAACCAAGCUUCAUUGAAAUUCAGAUGUUUAUACACGUAAUCUCAUUACACCCAAUAAUUGAAUUAAGAUAUUUAUUCCUAAAUGCCAUAAGGCAUAACUAAGGUGGGUUUCAUCUGUAUCUGGUUCGUUAUCAUUGACUUUGGUAAAACUAUGUCGAGAAAUUUGAUGUGAGUGAUUGAGUCUCUGCAUUUCUGCUAUUUUAACUAGGAGCAUCCAUGUACUAGCCCACACUCUUGACUGAUCCUUCUUAAUAA